AUGGAGGAUGCACUGGUGGCGGCAGAAGAGGAGGCUGUCGGAGAAGACGCUUUGCAGGACGACGGCACGCACAAGCCCGAUUCGAAGGACGAUCGGUUGAUCAAGGUCAAGGGCUUGGACAAGCAGCAACUCUGCAUUGAUCUCCUAAUGGUCGGCUGCGUCCAGUCCUACGUGGAUUUCUUCUACAUCACCCACCGGAAAGCCGCGCCAAAGGAAGGUGCCAACGAGGAUGAGGUCAAAGACGUCGUCAUCCCGGAGGAGACUUUGAUCUUCCUCAAGGAGACACUGGAGCAGGCGGAAUCUGCGAGGAGGCUCAGGAGCUACCUGCAAUGCUACGAAAGCUACAACUCCUUGGCGGAAUUCUUUGAGACCGUUCCGGAUCUGAAGAGCGCGAUGUACUUCUACCAGAGAUGCGCGGAUGUUGCGGCUGAGGUGGAAGCUUGGGAAAGCAUCGCCAAGGCGAACCUGAACCUCGGAAGCUGCGAGGAGCAGGGCGGCAACUGGCAAAGUGCGAUGCAGUACCACGAGAAGGCUCUUGAGAUUGCCUCCUCCGCGGACUCUCUUCCUCUUCAGAUCAAAGCCGCGAGCCGGUUGAGCACCGUGUGCCAGGUCCUCGCGGAGCAGUGUGAAAAGGAUGGCCGCGACGCCGAAGCCUCGUCUCUCUUCGAGCGUUGCCUGAGCUCUGCGCAGCGAUCCAAGGACGCGACGCUCGAGGGAACUGCCUGUCACAAGCUAGGAUUAUCCAAGCAGAAGACCGGCAACUAUGAGCAGGCGGUCGAGUUGCAGAGGCAAUACCUCGAGAUUUGCAGGAUCCACGACGACCGCGUCGGCGAGAGUGCCGCACGCGCAGCGCUGGCGCAAGCGUACGAGGCCACUGGCGACACGCAAGAGGCCAUCAAACAGCUCGAGAAUCUCCUGAGCGUUGCCAGCGAGGCGGGGGAGCUGAAGGCUCAGGCCGGUGCAUGCUUAAACCUGGGCAUCCUCUACAACAGCCGCGGCAACCACGAGAAGUCUGUGGAGCUUUUGGAACAGCACUUCGACCUCGCCAGAUUCGGCAAGCAGGACUGUUGGCAUUCCCAGCAUAUUGCACCGGACACCUUGGACACCCUGACCGACGUCAUUACGAAGGCCUUGGGGCAGCAGUGCCGAAGUGAGAUGCAAGGACUGAUGAAGAACCUGGUUGAGGAAUGUGCCAAGAUCGAAGGACAUUCGGAACGAGAUUGCAUCUCCGACCUCUUUACGUGGCUUACCGGGCAGUCCAGCACGACGCACUUUGCCGCUCAACUAGCUAAACCACCUCAGGAGGCGAUGCUAUGGGCUGGUUUCUACGAUGGCGACCCUCGGGGUUUAACCCAUAAGGCCUUGCAGAACUUUUCUAGCAUGGUGGACACGAGCAUCGUCCACCCCAGCACCAUUCUGGGACAAGUGGUUCAGAAGAACAACGACCUCCAUGGCUGCAGAGGUGAUCCGGGUGCUUUAAGACGGUGCUUCAAGGACAUCCAAGCUGGUAAUCCUUUCUGGGACAGGGGUCCCGUUCUUAACUUCUGGGUUGGCGCAAGCCAGGCCUUCGUGCGUGGAAUGGCGUCGCAGAAGCAGGCCUCGGUGGUGGCCGUCGUGAACAAAGAGCUGGACCCGAACGAAGAGUGGUCCUUAAAGGAGUCUGUCUUUUGGUCUGCUGAACUCCAGACCCUGGGAGCUGAAAUAUCAACUACCAGGGUCUCCGACUUUCGUCCACAAAUUCUGCUGGUCGACAUGCGGGGCACCUGCACGGAGCUGGCUGAGACGGUGACGAAAAUGCUCGAAAAGCAGGACGAUCCUCGUGCGAGGAACGCGCUCUUGCUACGUGAGAAGCCGCUCAUCUGCAUCGAUUGCGUCAAAGGCCAAUGUGACCUGGAUCAGGCUUUAGCCGCCAGAGUCCGAUCGUGUUUACAGGAUGGCUGGGUGUCAUCGCUGCGCAACUGGCUUGAUCCGUCCGAGUGUCCUAGGUUCCCCUACAGUUUGGGAAAGCGGGAAUGGCAGCACUACGCUCAACGAGGCCAAUGGUCUGAUGAUGCCGAGCGGGACCUAAGUUUCCAUUGA